CCCGCCAUGGCCCGCCAGCUGAUCGGCCCCGCGCUGCCGCCCGGCUUCCCGCGCCGCGCCGAGGCCGAGCCGGGCGAGGACUUCAGCCAGGUUGCAGGACCAGCACUGCCUCCAGACUACAAAAGCAGCUGUAGCUCAGAAACUCCUGACAGUGAUGACGACUCAGAAUCUCUUCCUCUACCCAGAGACACAAACAGAGACUCUGAAGAGGAGACAGAAGGAGAUCCAGCACCCAAAAAGCCAAAAAGAACUCAUGAAGACGAUGAUGAUGAUGGCUUUUUUGGGCCAGCUCUUCCUCCUGGAUUUAAAAAACAGGAUGAUUCUCCAGAGAGGCCCAUUAUAGGUCCUGCAUUACCACCUGGCUUUAGGAAAGCUUCAGAGGACACCAGAAGUAGCAGAUGUUUCAUAGGACCGUCUGUUCCAUCAGAAUCCCGUCCCCAGCUGACAGAUAGCAGUGAGGAUGAAGACAAUUUAAUAGGCCCAAUGCCUGCUAAAGGACCAGUGGAGUCUGAUGUGGCCAAAGAGUUUGAACGCAGAGCUCAGAGAAUGAAAGAAAAGCUUACUGCAGCAGACAGCGAUGAGCCCAAACAAGUUACCAGGGAAUCAUGGAUGACAGAGCUUCCACCUGAGCUGAAAAGCUUUGGAUUUGGCCCAAGAACAUUCAAGAGACGAGCUGAUGACAAAUCAGGUGAUAGAUCUAUUUGGACAGAUACUCCAGCUGACAGAGAGAGAAAAGCCAAGGAAAGAGAAGAGGCAAAAAAGUCAAGCAGUAAGGAUAAUGAAGAAAUGGUAUUAUCUGGGAGGGACAAGAGGCUUAUUGAGCAGGUGUCUUCAUACAAUGAGUCAAAGAGGUCAGAGUCUCUCAUGGACAUCCACCAGAAAAAGCUGAAGAGCAAAGCAUCUGAAGAAAAGAGCAAACCUCAGGAAAGAAGGCCAUUUGACCGAGAGCAGGAUCUCAAAGUCAAUCGCUUUGAUGAAGCACAAAAGAAAGCUCUUAUAAGAAAAUCCAGAGAUCUGAAUAGUAAAUUUGAGCACAGCAAAGGCAACAUGUUUUUAUAAGAUGUGAAAGCAUUAAGCUUUUUUGAAGUGAAGUCCAUUAAAAUUUGAAUACUUAAUUUUUAUAAGUAUUUUUCUGUAAAUAUUUGUAUCCAAAAUAAAUAUCCUAAUGUUUAACUAUUUUUCCUUGUCUGUAAAUACUCUCUUAGGGAGGAUCAUCUGUACUGAAACUAAACUAGCAAAGGGAAGUCCUGGUAUAAAAAAAUAUAAAUUUGCUACUUUAAAACUUUGAUAUGUAUGGUUUUUUGUUGUUCACAUAAAAAUAAUUAAUCAAAAUAGGUGGGUUUUAAGGAGCUCUAGGUUUAAUCUUGCAAUGGAGUUGGCAGUUUUGCUUUUUUUCCUGCCAUGCUUAAGAUCCUCUUUCUGAGCCUGAGGUGAAGGCCAUGGAAAAAUCCCUUUUACAUUUGUGUGCAGAACAUUGCUUGACUGGAGUUCCUGCUGGGGAGUAUAAACUCAAGCCUUUACAUUUGCCCAGUGCUUUUAUUUCUCUAAUUCUGUGUCUGUACAUAUAUACAGGUUUAUAUGUAUGCAGUACAGUUU